AUGAUGGCGGUGCCUAUCCUCUACGGAUACGCGGCCAUCAUUUUCCGCCACCCGGUCUUCGCGCCCUACAUGCCAGCCCUCGCCAAGCUCGUGCUCUUCAGCAGCAUGGUUCAUCAGGCGGUAUUUUCCCUUGUCAGCACGCUACCCUUCGCGAUCGGGCAGGUUCAGGACGCGGGCCUGAUUUUCUUGUCUCGGAUGACGACGGAUGUUGCGGUCAAGGUGUUGCUCGCGGGAGGCACCGCUGAGGAGGCCGUGGCGACGGCUCUGGCGGCUACAGCCUUCGCCACCGCGUCCAUGGGCGUCGCUCUGGUCGUCAUUGGCAAGCUCAAGCUCGCGAGAUUCGUGGCCUACCUGCCCAUGCCCGUGGUUGGGGGGUACCUCGCGUUCAUCGGCCUUUUCUGUCUAGAGGCCUCGCUGGGGCUGUCAACGGGAAAGGAUAUCCGCGGGCUGAACACUUGGGGGAUGCUGUUCAACAGCAGGGAUCUCCUCCUGUGCUUGCCGUGCCUGGUGAUCGGCGUGCUGUGGAGCUGGGUCAGCCGGCGGUACCAACACUUCGCCGUGCUCCCUCUUACCAUGCUUGCCGUGCCAGCCGUAUUCUACAUCGCGCUAGCCCUCUCGGGAGAGAGCAUGCAGAACGCGAGAGAUGUGGGUUUGAUUGGGGCGAUCACUCAACCCGCCGAGCUGUCAUGGUCCUUCAGCCUCUUUCGGUUCGACCGCGUUCACUGGACAGUCCUUCCCGGCCUCAUGCCCGUAUGGAUAGGGAUGAUUUUCGUUGUGGCCUUCAGCUCCAGCCUCGACGUGGCUGCCAUCGAGAUCGACAUGGGGGAGCCGCUGGACACGAACAAGGAGCUCAACACCGUGGGAUGGUCCAACAUCCUCAGCGGUCUCACGGGAGGAUUUACCGGAAGCUACAUCUUCUCCCAGACACUGUUUACGAGGAGGACGGGGUGCCAGUCGCGUCUGAUAGGGUGGUUCGUGGCCGUAUCCGAGCUGGCGAUGUGCGUGGUGACCAUCGACCCUAUGGCCUUCGUGCCGCUGCUCUUCUUCGCGGCGACGCUGUCUUUCAUCGCUGUCGAGCUUUCUGUGGAGUGGCUCUGGGAGGUCCGAGAGAAAUUGCUCGCCUACGAGUACUUCGUGCUCCUCGCCACGUUCGUCGCUAUCCAGGUGGUGGGGCUCAACCAAGGGCUAGUCGCCGGAGUUGCGUUCUCCACGGCCAUCUUCGUCAUCAGCUACGCCUCGGAGAGAAAGAACACUCUCGAGAGGGUCCACAAGCGGGGCCGCUUCAUGAGGCCGGCCUCCCAGCGCCGCCUCCUGCAGGUGCACCGAGACAAGAUCCUGUGCGUGGAGCUCAGGGGGGAGCUCUUCUUCGGGUCUUCCCAGCAAGUGCUGCGGGAGGUCACGGCGAUGCUCGGUCUUGCCGCACCUCCGGUCGGUAAGCGUGGCAAGGAAGCGACGCCGGGCGUCGCCACCGCCGCCGCGGGCGGCGCGGACGGGGGUAGCUCUCAGUCUACCCGGAAAGAGGCGUUUCAGCGGUGGUGGGGGAAGGUGCACAAGGCCCUCCGGAAGUGCUUCACCGCCCGAGCGGGCAGAACCGCCUUGGAAGAUCGUAGCCCCGAGGGCUCCCCUCUCAGGGGCGGCAGCAGUCGGUCGCCGUUGUCCCGGCGAGGCACGAGCUACGGUGCAGCCGGCGCGGGGCCGAGGACUAACGGUGGCGCGGUAGCGGCCAUGGAGGCGGGGACGGUGACUGACGCAGGCAAGGUUUUGGGUGCUGGAGACAGCCGGGGGCGGGACGAAACGGCGGGGGGCGCCGUGAACGUGAGCGGGGGUACGGCGUCGCUGGCUGCAGGGGGGGAGGAGGAGGAGCAGGACUCGGCCGAGGAAGGCGAGCUGAUAAGCUUUAUCGUGCUCGACUGCUCCAAGGUCACGAACAUCGAUGCAAGCGCUGCUCGGACGUGCUUCUUGCCGCUCCAGCGUCUCGCUGAGGCGAACGGGGUUUGCAUAGCCUACGCAGGCCUGACGGAGAGGAUGGAGACCCUCCUCAGCAUUCACAAGGCGAUUGGGCUCGACAAUGUCGCCGUCUUCAAGACUUUCUUCACGGCUGUAGACUGGUGCGAGACCCAGCUGAUCCGCUCGCUGGAUGCCUACGAGGACGACGGGAAUGCCAGCUUCUGGGCUACGAGCCACUUCUCCAGACGCGAAAGCUUCAAGAGUACGGCGGUUAACAUCAAGCACCUCUUGAGGCAGGUCUUGGAGUUGCCGGAGUCUGCUUCGGCUGUCGACGGGAUCGAGAGGUAUUGCUCAGAGGAGGACUACCAUGCCGGAGAGUUGAUAUUCUCGCCCGGAGAUGAGGCUGACAGCUUCUAUGUGGUCACGGAUGGGCAGGUGAUGGUGGAGAAGUCUCCCGACGGGUCUUCCAGGCCGCAGGAGCUACGCGGACGGGAGGACAGAACAAGAGCAAACAGCGUCGCAAGGGCGGGGGGACAGGUCCUUUUCAACGUCGGCGCUAUUUUCGGCUACGUGGACUACCAGCUCGAAGAGCGACGGGCCCACUCGGCGAUAGCCGUGACGGACGCCGUCGUGACGGUCUUCCCAAGAGCUCACCUUGACAGGAUGAUGGAAGAGAAUCCGCGACUGCUAUGCCUCUUGGAGAGGAGCGUCAUGAAGCACCUCGCGCUAGAGCUCAGCAAUCUACCGGUCUAGCCCAACUCAGCGUCACCCGGCUCUUUGUCUAAGCUUUCGUUUUGGUUGGUAUAGGCUAUCUAGCACCAGGAUGGUGGCAAACGGGUGUACAAGGAACAUUUUGCUCCCAUUGCUCGUGAUUUCUGUGUCCUGAAACUGUGCCGUGGACCAUAGGUAUAGACGAUGCGUAAAGCGUCCUGUUCAACAUAUGGUAUGGAUAUUCUGCGAAGGGUUGAUGUCUGGGAAUAACGGGAAAUUGAGAAUCCAAGUACUUUCGUCAAAAUUGAUUCAUUCGAGAGUGGUUUAUCGUGACACAUGCAGUUCUCUGUGGUUUUAGUAUAGGGAUGAUCCGUGGAAAUAGUUGGGUAUGUUGCAUUUCUCUGUGGUUUUGAUAUGAGAUGGGGUCCGUGGCAAUAGUCCGGUAAGGAAGUUUUCUGUUAAGUGCGAGCACAUUAGAAAUAGGAGCGUUUCGUGUCUGUGAAAACGCUGUCAACGAGUACAUAAAGAGCUAACGUUGAGUUGGCUUGGGUUG